CUUUUGUUAACAUCUGAAAAAACAUAAACUUAACCUUAUUAAGAGGAAUACCUCAUGUGUCAAGUUCAUAUCCACUCUUUUUUUCCAUUUAUAGAUAGGUGCAGGUAUUACCAAAUUAACAUUCCUGCAAUGGAAACAUUGACUCAUGAGCUAUUGCAGAAUCCACAAGAAAUUGAAAAACAAAACACUUUUCAAGAAGAAGAAGAAAAAGAAGCAAAGCUAGACACUUUAUUGGAUCUGAAUAUUCCUAGUGAAGAUUUCGAUAUUGGGUGCAAUUCCGAGUCCAAUUUAGCCACCUAUUUGGACACAGGUAAUUCUUCUAAAACAUCAUUAGAAAAUUACACUCGGGGCUCUGAAUCAGAGCCACGGUUUUUUUCUUGCAACUUCUGCAAGAGAAAAUUCUAUUGUUCACAAGCACUUGGGGGACACCAAAACGCUCACAAAAGAGAGAGGUCAAUUGCAAAGAGAAGACAGAGGUUUAUAGGAACACAUAAGAUGAAAGGAACAACUUUUGGUAUCCCAUUUCUUCAAAACCAUUUUCACCAUAGUUAUGCAAAUAUGGCAUCUUUACUACCAAUUCAUGGUGUUAAUAUUAGUAAUAGUAGUUUAAGACCACUUGGAAUUAAGGCUCACUCCAUGAUUGAUAAGCCUUUUCAUAAUUCUUCAUCAAAUGGAUUUGGAAGCACUUAUUAUGGACAUCAUGAUCAUGGUUGGUCAAGAACACUUAUUAAUCAACAACCUGCUGGAAUAGGAAAACUAGGCAUGGAAACUUACAAGGAAACCGGAUUUACAUCGCGAGGUAGUCUUGGUCGAUUCGAAGGAGUUAAAAAAGACAUGCUCAAUCCAGGAACUCAUAUGACCUUGAAGAGUAAUCAAGAAGAUGUGAAGAACCUUGACUUAUCCUUAAAGCUCUAAGAAUGUGCUCUUAUAGUAUAGAUUAGCAUUAAUUAACUAGCCAAAGUUAUUUUCCCAUUGUUUGUAUUAAUUAUUAGAUUCUCUUAUUCAAUUUCGUUUGUUAUUAUAAAUUCUUAUUGAAUUUCCAG